AUGGAACAUCCGUCCUCACCACUCAGCAGAAGCACGGCCAGUACCGCCAAGCGACCAAGAACACCCAAGAUCCUCGUAGUCGGCUCUCUGAAUAUGGAUUACUGCUGGAGCGUCCCCAAAUUACCUCAACCAGGUGAAACGACAACUUCCACUAGCUUUCACAUGUAUCCAGGUGGGAAAGGUCGGAACCAGGCCAUGGCGGCCGCCAUUGUCUCGCAAUACCGAGUCGAGGGGAAAGUGGUGCCUUAUCCGUCCACAGAACCGGUGGAAGUCGAGAUGGUCGGCUGUAUAGGCAAAGAUGCUGUUGGGACGGAGUUGAUAUCUGCUAUGGAGGCGGUUGGCAUUGACACAUCGCGAAUCAUCACGGAUCCGGAGAUUGACACGGGGAAGGCAAACAUAUAUGUCGACAAUGCGGGUGAAAAUACUAUCGUUCUGUUGAAAGGUGCCAACUACAAGCUGAAAGCUGCUUGCAUUGAGAAUGUUAUGAGUCUCUCCUUACCGGGCUUGCUACUGCUUCAAUGUGAAAUUCCUGUCGAGACCGUUCUGUAUCUGAUUGAAAAGGCAAAAAAUCAAGGAGUUACGGUGAUUUUGAAUGCGGCACCGGUUGUUCCACACAUUCCAACCAAAAUAUUCAAAUUCAUUGACCAUCUUCUUGUGAAUCGAGUGGAAGCCGAGGACUUGAACCAAGGAUCUAAAUUUGAACAGCAACAAAUGGCCAGUGCGAAUACUGUCGACAAGGCAACCCUCAAGGUGCAUUACUUGUCCGUUUGCGAAUCGCUACUGAUCCGGGGGGCCAAAAAUGUGGUCAUAACUUUGGGGGCGGAUGGGGGCGUUGCAGGGACGCAAACCACUGGCGGCAAAAGGCAGUGCACUACGUUUGAUGCCGAGCCUGGUAAGGAAGGCGUGGUCGACACGACGGGGUGUGGGGAUACUUUCACUGGCGCAUAUGCAGUGGAGGUCAUUCGGCAGCGCGAUCACCGUUCUUUCAACAUGUUCAGAGCUGUCGCUUGGGCGAGCAAGGCUGCUGGUAUAAGUGUCGGGCAUUUUGGUGCGACGAGUGGCAUUCCAUGGGGGGACGAGCUCGGGCUACCGGACGAAUAG